GCGGCUGGCUGGUGUGGUGUGGGUGUGGGUGUGGUGUGCAGUGAAGACCAAGGAAAAUGAUAGUGGUUGUUGUUGAUGGCUUUGGCUUUGUCCUUGGCUUUGGCUUUGCUGGCUGUUGGCACUUUUUCACGCUUCCAUCUACACUACCCCCUCUCCCCUUCAUACAUCCAUUCUCAUUCUCUCUCUCCCCCCCCCCUCUCUCUUUCUCUCUGUAAUUUUCCUUUCCCCCUCUAGCGCUCUCGGAAACUGCCCCCUGUCUGCAUCGCUUUCUUCUCCGCAAACUUCCCAAAUUCUGUGAAUAUUGGGCUGUUUUCCACACUGCAUUCUCAGGAGCAGCUGUUUUCUUUUUGUUCUCGAGCUCUCUGCUUCCAAUGGAAGCCUCUACGACGGAGGAUUGCUGUGUGAAAGUCGCCGUUCACAUCCGUCCGCUCAUCGGCGACGAGCGGCUUCAAGGGUGCAAGGAUUGCGUCACGGUCGUUUCGGGGAAGCCUCAGGUGCAAAUUGGCACACAUUCUUUUACUUUUGAUCAUGUCUAUGGGAGUACUGGAUCUCCUCCAUCUUCCAUGUUUGAAGAGUGCAUUGCUCCCCUUGUUGAUGGUUUGUUCCAGGGAUAUAAUGCCACCGUUCUUGCUUAUGGUCAGACUGGUUCGGGCAAAACCUACACCAUGGGUACUAGCUUCAAAGAUGGUUGCCAAACAGGAUUGAUUCCCCAAGUUAUGAAUGCUUUGUUCAGCAAGAUUGAAGCUUUAAAGAAUCAAACAGAAUUCCAAUUGCAUGUUUCCUUCAUUGAGAUCCUAAAAGAGGAAGUACGAGACUUGCUGGAUCCCACUAAUGGGAAUAAAUCUGAAACUACAAACGGGAACACGGGGAAAGUAACUGUCCCUGGGAAGCCACCAAUACAGAUUCGUGAGACAUCAAAUGGUGUCAUUACACUAGCAGGAACUACUGAAGUUAAUGUUAGAACGCUCAAAGAAAUGGCUAGCUACUUGGAGCAUGGAUCUUUGAACAGGGCAACCGGGAGUACAAACAUGAAUAAUCAGUCAAGUCGGUCACAUGCCAUCUUCACCAUUACAUUAGAGCAAAUGCGUAAGCUCAAUGCAGCUUUUCCUGGUGACAGCAGCCUUAAUGAGAGUAUGAGUGAAGAAUAUUUAUGUGCCAAACUACAUUUGGUUGAUCUUGCUGGAUCAGAGCGAGCCAAAAGGACUGGUUCUGAUGGCCUGCGCUUCAAGGAAGGUGUUCACAUUAACAGAGGGCUUCUUGCACUUGGUAAUGUUAUCAGUGCGCUUGGUGAUGAAAAAAAGCGGAAAGAAGGUGUUCAUGUUCCUUACCGAGAUAGUAAACUUACUAGGCUUUUGCAGGAUUCUCUUGGUGGUAACAGCAGGACUGUUAUGAUUGCCUGCAUUAGUCCUGCUGACAUAAAUGCUGAGGAAACACUUAAUACAUUGAAGUAUGCAAAUCGUGCUCGUAACAUCCAGAAUAAGCCUGUUGUUAAUAGAGAUCCAUUAUCAAGUGAAAUGUUGAAAAUGCGCCAACAGUUGGAAUACUUGCAGGCAGAACUUUGUGCUCGUGGAGGAGGAGCUUCAUCUGAUGAAAUACAGAUUCUUAAGGAAAGGAUUGUCUGGCUUGAAGCUACUAACGAGGAUCUUUGUCGCGAACUUCAUCAAUACCGGAGCAGAUGUGCUGUUACAGAGCAGUGUGAAACAGACAUGCUAGUUGCCGGCACCUGUUCUGUGAAGAGUGAAGGGCUUAAGAGGGGCUUGCAAAGUAUUGACUCAUCUGAUUAUCAAAUGGGUGAGAAUAUAACAGGCGAUUCUAGUGAAAUUGAUGAAGAAGCAGCAAAAGAGUGGGAGCAUACACUUAGGCAGAACUCUAUGGAUAAAGAGUUGAAUGAGUUAAAUAGACGUCUAGAGCAGAAAGAGUCAGAGAUGAAACUUUUUGGAGGAUUUGACACAGUAGCUCUUAAGCAGCACUUUGGAAAGAAGAUUGUGGAACUUGAGGAUGAGAAAAGAGCUGUUCAGCAAGAGAGGGAUCGGUUGUUGGCUGAAGUUGAAAAUCUGGCUGCUAAUUCUGAUGGACAAACACAGAAACUGCAAGAUGUCCAUGCACAGAAAUUAAAAGCACUUGAGGCACAGAUUCAGGAUCUUAAGAAGAAACAAGAGAACCAAGUCCAGAUUUUAAAGCAAAAACAGAAGAGUGAUGAAGCAGCAAAAAGGUUGCAAGAAGAAAUACAGUUCAUCAAGGCACAAAAGGUUCAAUUGCAACAAAAGAUAAAACAAGAAGCAGAACAAUUUCGUCAAUGGAAAGCCUCUCGGGAGAAGGAGCUCCUGCAGUUACGGAAGGAAGGAAGGAGGAAUGAGUAUGAAAGGCAUAAAUUGCAAGCUCUAAACCAGCGGCAGAAGAUGGUGCUUCAGAGAAAAACAGAAGAGGCUGCAAUGGCCACCAAGAGGCUAAAAGAGUUGCUAGAGGCACGCAAAUCUGUGUCACGUGACAACUCAGUAAUUGCCAAUGGAAAUGGGGCUAAUGGUCAGAUCAAUGAGAAAUCACUGCAACGUUGGCUUGAUCAUGAGCUUGAGGUUAUGGUAAAUGUUCAUGAAGUUCGCUAUGAAUAUGAGAAACAAAGCCAAGUACGAGCUGCUUUGGCAGAGGAGUUGGCAGUGUUGAAACAAGUUGAUGAAUUUGCAGCGAAGGGGCUUAGUCCUCCUAGAGGAAAGAAUGGUUUCGCCAGAGUAUCCUCCAUGUCACCAAAUGCCAGAAUGGCCAGAAUUUCUUCUCUUGAGAACAUGCUAGGCAUUUCGUCAAAUUCACUAGUGGCAAUGGCUUCACAACUUUCUGAAGCAGAAGAACGGGAGCGUGCCUUUAGUAACCGUGGACGGUGGAACCAAUUGCGCUCAAUGGGAGAUGCAAAGAGCCUACUUCAGUAUAUGUUCAACUCUCUUGCAGAUGCAAGGUGCCAGUUGUGGGAGAAAGAAAUUGAAAUCACAGAGAUGAAGGAACAACUAAAAGAACUUGUAGGUCUACUGCGACAGAGUGAAUCAAGAAGAAGGGAGGUUGAGAAGGAGCUCAAAUUGAGAGAGCAAGCUGUUGCAAUAGCAUUGGCUAAUUCGGCUUCGGUGAACUCCCACAAUUCUCUGAAACACUUUGCUGAUGACAUGAGUGGUCCCUUAUCUCCAAUGUCUGUGCCAGCACAGAAACAGCUUAAAUAUACGGCAGGCAUUGCUAAUGGCUCCGUCAGAGAGUCAGCAGCCUUCAUGGAUCAGUCACGAAAGAUGGUGCCAAUUGGGCAAUUGUCAAUGAAGAAAUUAGCAGUUGUAGGGCAAGCUGGCAAGCUAUGGAGGUGGAAGAGAAGUCAUCACCAAUGGCUGUUACAGUUCAAGUGGAAGUGGCAGAAACCUUGGAGACUCUCAGAGUGGAUUAGGCACAGCGAUGAAACAAUCAUGAGGGCAAGGCCUCGUCCUCAGGCUCUGCCAGAUGUGAUGUAUCAUGGUCAUUAGUUAAUAGAUGCUGCUGUAUAUUCAUCUUUGACCCAGAUAUGGCUCCAACAGGACUCAGUGAAGAGCACAGAGACAAUUGCAGUUUGUGAAAUCGAUGUUGUCAAGAUCUGGCUAUAGCUGUCCUGGAAGAGCUGGAUUUUGGGUAAGUAGGUGGUGUAUUUCUGAAAUUCAAGUGCUUUGGGGUUACUGCAUCGGAAGCAUCUUGUAAAGCCAUCUGAUGCCAUCGAUGGGUCACCCAACUAGUCAAAGGAAGUAGCAAUACAGCGAGGGAAGGAGGAGAUCAUAUGCUUGUGCUGGGGUUCUCCUUUCUCAUCAUCAUAUACAUUUCUGGCAAUAACGAUUAGUUUGUUUUGAGGAAGGAAAUCUCCACAAAAUGUUGUUUUUCUUUUUUGUUUUUUCUUCCAUUUUCUUUUUGGUUGCCCCUCUUCUCUUUUUUUCUCUGUGUUUAUUGUGUGUAACCAGCAUAAUGAUUUUGUUCAAAGAAUUGAAUCUGCAACAAUUUUAGUACAGAAAAAUGUUGAUUUGUUGGAA